UCUUCUCAACAUUUAGCUUCAACUUCGUGAAUCAUCAAUUUUUCGCAUCAAAGCAAUCAUUCAUAUGUUAUCUUUCAUUAUGUUACUUAAUAAAAUUAGUUACUGUUAAAAUAAUUUGUAAUUACUCAAGUUACAACAUAUCUCUAAAAUAACCUCAAUACAGUAUAUUUAUCAACGAUGGCAGAAGAAGCGUCAAGGCCAAUGAAAUACCCCUACACCAUGUCUGCCAAGAUGGCUCAAUUCCCUUAUAAAUUUUACUGGCAACACAGUUGGGGCUUCAAAUACUGGGUGAUUGCCUCUAUCUUGUGCGUUCCUGUUUUCUACAAAAUCCAGAAACUUUCUUAUUCUCCUAACAAUGUCAAGGUAUGGGCUGAGAUCCGCCAUAAAGAAUUCCAUGGAGGUGAUCAUCACUAAAAUAUGAUUAAAUCUAGUAAAAAUUGUUCAAAUUAUCACAACAUUGUUGAUGUAUGAUUUACUCUAAAAAAUAAUAAAUGAUGAUUUCCAUAAAGUAAA